AUGUUAUCGAACCCACAUCGCAAUCUACAGGAACGACAUCGACAACAUCGGCGGCAGAUUUCAACACCUUCCGCUCUUGAUGCCGCCAAAGUCCCCAGUCUUCCUGCCCAGGCAAUGCACCGAUACCAUGCUCACCGUCGCGGCCAGAGCCUAGACCAGAGGUCUCUACACAUGCAACGAUCGCAGACCGUGCAAGAUGGUAACCUUCUAAAUACUAACGCAACAGGUCCCCUGGUAAUGCAACAGCAACACUAUGCUCGUUCGGCGCAACCGACACCCAUGCCCAUGAUGCCUGAGUGCCAGACUUUCAGUCCUGAAGAAUUGCAAACCCAACCAAGUAUGGGAUACAUGAGCCCAGCCUUCGCCAAGGCCGAGACCCCGGCGCUGGAGAGUCGGCCGAUGAACCUCCAUCUCAAUCUGAUUCAGCAACAGCAGUUGCAGCAAGCACAGCUCAUGGAGAAUGGCGCUUGGGAUUUCUACCCACACGACAACCUCCCAACGGGACUUCCGCACCAGACCAACGCAAUCCCUGCAGAUAUGAGACGACUAUCAGUGCAGUCGGAUGUCAGUCCCGCGCAAAGACCACAUACGCCGAAACCUGCACGUAAGUGCCCUGAUAUUACUUACAGGAGACAAGCCCCACUGAUGAAACUUAAAGACUACCUUCCCAUUACCCCUGCGACAACACCAUUCAAGAAAACAGUGGAUCUUGUGCAGUAUGGUGGCGACAUGCAGCCAACCCCCACCAAGGAGCAGAGAUUGUCUGUUCCCGUUUCAGCCCAGCCGUCGUACAUGCAACGUGCUAAGUCUCUUCAAGGAGUGGCUGGGACGACCUUCUCCCAGCAAAAGAUUGAUAUGCCCUCUCCCCCAAAUACAGCAUCCUUCGAGGUGGAUAGUUUCGAUGUGUUUAACUGCCAGCAGGGUUCCAGUUUUGAAAUGUCAAAGUCUGAAAGUUUUUCAUCUAGCCACUCUUCAACAUCGUCGUCGUCAGCAACAUCCCCUUUCAAUUCGUCACCAGACCUUGCCUCCAUGCCGCACCUUGCAGACAGUGGUAAGGCGCAGAAGAUUCCUAUUUACCCUGCAACACCUAGCCGUAUGACUCCAAAGAAGACCCCAAGUGCGCCCCCGAGCUCGGCCAAACCCAAGCUUUCUCCAAGGGUAGCAUCUAUUGACAGCCUUAAUCUUGACGCCCGGGUCCAUGCCUCUAUUAAAGAAACUGGUGUCACCAUUGACGAGAUAGCGUCAUACAUUCAUGGCCCUGACCCAGAAGAUGGAAAAUGGGUAUGCCUACACCCCGGUUGCGAACGCCGGUUCGGAAGGAAAGAGAACAUCAAGUCCCAUGUCCAAACACAUCUUGGAGAUCGCCAGUACAAGUGUGAUCACUGCGAUAAAUGCUUCGUCCGCGGACACGACCUUAAGCGCCACGCCAAGAUACAUACCGGUGACAAACCAUAUGAAUGCCUCUGUGGUAAUGUGUUCGCCCGACAUGAUGCCUUGACUCGGCAUCGGCAACGCGGCAUGUGUAUUGGCGGCUACAAGGGUAUCGUGCGCAAGACCACCAAACGCGGUCGUCCGAGAAAGCACCGGCCUGAAAUGGAUGAAAGACAAGAGAAAUCCUCCAGGACGCGCCAGAGAAUCGCCGAAAAGUCGUCAUUUGACUCUUCUGGAUCAGACACUUCGCACAAUUCGCCGCCCUCGGAAGUCUUCGAAAACAUGAGCCUGCAGGGUUCUAGUCCGGUGGGAGAAAUGCCAAUGUUCAGCAAUGUUAAUUAUUCAUUGCCCCCUGAGGUCCUGACUUUCACACCUCCCGCCUCUCCUGGCGGUAGCAUAAGAAACAGACCAUCACCUGCCCACAGCCAGCGAUCGAUUACACCCAGCACUGAGGAUGAAAUGCCACCAUUGUCUCCAUCUAAACGACCUCUGGAAAGGAUCAUUGAAGAAUCCGGUCUACCUUUAAUUUCGGACCCUGAAGCCUGCCCCUACACAAACGCUACAAACUCAACAACUCAUGCCCUAUCUUCUCCACACACCGUGCCCACUUUGACCGAAUCAUCAAAUGGCUCAGACCUAGACAUCUUCAUCAACCAAGAUCCAUCUACAAGCUUCAGCAAGCACGAGUUCCCUGGCUUAACCGACCCUGACAUGGCGGCAUUCCCUGAUUACGUGAACGGUCCCGCUUUUGACAACGGCAUGGAUUUGUUUCAAAGCAAAGGUUUCUCUAACGGUCCCUCAAUGAGUGACGAUUUCUUUGCUUUCCAGUUCCAGAUGGACGAACAACCAUCGGACGUUAUGACAAGGGAAUUCUUCUUGGAGUGA